AGAUUGGCUGCGCCAGGCGGGCCGGAGAGAGCGAGAAGCCGCCGCCGCCGCCGCCGCCGCCUCCCUCCUUGCCAGCCUCCGGCCGGGGCGGCGCGGGAUGCCAAGAUGCCCCCGGCGGGCGCGGCCGUGCUGGGGCUGCUGCUGCUGCUGCUGCUGCUGCUGCAGCUGGCGGUGCCGCGGGCGCUGGGCUGGCCGGGCCGGGGGUCUUCUUCUUCUUCUGCCGCCGCCUCCGCCUCCGCCGCCGCCUCGGGCCCCUUGGAGCGGGCGGCGCUGGCGCGGGAGCGGUUCAAGGUGGUCUUCGCGCCGCUCAUCUGCGAGCGGACCUGCCAGAAGGGCCGCUGCCGGGACAGCUGCAAGCCGGGCAGUAACAUGACGCUGAUCGGGGAGAACGGACACGCCAUGGACACGUUGACCGGCUCCGGGUUCCGCGUGGUUGUCUGUCCUCUGCCUUGUAUGAACGGUGGUCAGUGCACAUCUGGCAACCACUGCCUGUGCCCCCCGGAAUUCACCGGCCGCUUCUGCCAGAUGCCCGUGAACCGCCAGGGACAGCAGGCCCGGCCCCCCAGCGAUGGGUCCCCCACGGAGACGGGUUCCAGCAAACACGCCAUUUACGCCGUCCAGGUCAUGUCGGAUCACCACAGCGACAGCCCCUCGGGGCCGGGUUCAAAAGGCACCGUGAGCCAUUCCAGCUUUAUGGUGCCUUUAGGGCAUCACUCCUCCGAAGUUCAGAUGCACCAACCGCUGGUCAAUGUCCGUGUCCAUCAUCCGCCGGAAGCCUCUGUGAAGGUCCACCGGAUUGAUAGCCUCAGCUCGGAGGGGAGUGGGCCAGGGGGAGGCCACCAUCUAAUCCAGCACCCGGCUCCAAAACCGGCCUACACUCGUCCCCCAACCCAGAAACCCCUGGGGCGCUGUUUCCAAGAGACGCUGCCCAAGCAGUCGUGUGGGAGCAACCCACUUCCGGGUUUGACGAAGCAGGAAGAUUGCUGCGGCAGCAUUGGCACCUCCUGGGGCCAAACCAAAUGCCACAAAUGCCCCCACCUGCAGUAUUUGGGUGUGCAAAAGACAAUGGGGAGCGAUUGUCCUCAAGGAUACAAGCGACUCAACAGCACUCACUGUCAGGACAUCAAUGAGUGUGCCAUGCAAGGCGUGUGCCAAGGAGGAGAGUGUUUGAACACCCAAGGAAGCUUCCGUUGCGCGUGUAAACCGGGGCAGGUUUUGGGACCUUCGCGCACCCACUGUGUGGCGGAGAAAGGCGGGGAGAGGAGCCUGUGUUUCCGACUGGUCAGUCCCGAGCAGCAGUGCCAGCACCCGCUGUCCACCAAACUGACACGCCAGACGUGCUGCUGCAGCGUGGGCAAAGCCUGGGGCAUCCAUUGCGAGCGAUGUCCGGCCGACGGAACGGCGGCAUUCCGAGAAAUCUGCCCUGCGGGGAGAGGCUACCACAUUCAAACCUUGCACCAAACUCUGACCAUCCAGGGAGAGAGCGAGUUCCUACUCCAGAUCCACCCGGAUGCUACUAGUGACUUGCCACCACCACGGCCGGAGCCUCCCACCCUUCUUGCCCCGGACAGCGAUUCCCAGGAAGCAGAAGCUGUUUCUCCAGCCAUGGUGCCCAGAGACACGACGAUUUCGGAAGAGCAGGGUGUGGUUUUCGGCAACACCCCAACUUUGGGUCCUCGGUACCCCGUGGUGAUCACGAAGCCCACCGUCGCGGUCGUGGUGAAGUACCCUGAAGAGGACCGAAUGGAUGAAUUUUACAUGCCUCCAACUCAAGAGACCGAGGUGGACAUUUGCAAAUUAAACCGCAAUAUUUGCAACCACGGGGAGUGCAUCCCGACUCGAUCCGGAUUCACCUGCCAAUGUUACCAAGGUUAUCGGUGGCAUCCUCAGCACAGGUAUUGCGUAGUUUCCCUUCCUUUUUUUACAAAAGUUGGGUUGCCUAAAACCGAAGCCACGGUCCCCAGAUCUCGCCCUGUUGAAUUUCUAUCCCAUCGCCCCCGUUUCUCUUCUCUUCUCCUCCCCAUCCUCCCACCCCCGGCUGCAGACAAAGUGACCGAUCGACGGGACGUCUGCUGGCAACUCCGGGGCGAGGAUGGGAUGUGUUCAUCGCCGUUCGGUGGCCAACAGCUGACGUACGAGGAGUGCUGCUGCCGCCAUGGCAAAGGGUGGGGUUACCAGUGCCACGCCUGCCCACCACGCAGCCCAGGUUCCAACUGCCAGUCUGGUCCGAGCGAAAGCAAUUCCUUCUGGGACUUCAAUACCCCGUUCGGGGAGGUGCAUAAAGAGGCCGACAGUUCUGAAGAGGAUUCGGACGAAUGCCGCUGCCUGAACGGACGCUGCGUCCGCACCCAGCAGGGUUCUGUGUGCGAAUGUCCCACCGGCUUCCAGUUGGACAGCACUCGCACCCGCUGCCUGGAUAUUGACGAGUGCCAGGAGCUCAACCAACGAGGCCGUCUGUGCAAAACCGAGCGUUGCGUGAACACCAGCGGUUCCUACUUCUGUACCUGCAAGUCCGGCUACUCGCGGUCCUGGCCACACGGAAUCUGCGUUCCUCAACGAUAGCGUGGCGUAUCGACCACGGCGUGGAAAGUUGGGGGGGACACGUGUGGCCAUCCUUGAGCGCCCUCCCCGGUCGUGGGGUGCUUCUCGCUGUCCACCAUCGGAAAAACUGGACCUUGGCCUGAGAGCAGCUUUUUGGGGGGGUCUAAAUUCCCCAAGGCAGUUCUCACUUUAUUAUAUGAACCUUUAAAAAAAAAAAAGAAAGUUGUACCAGCUACUAUGUGGGGCAUUGAUUUUUUUGCUAUAGAAUUUUAUACCUAUUUCCGUUUCUGUUCCUUUUUAACCCGCUGGAUUUGUUAGGGUUUUGUGUUUUUUUUUUU